UCCUUACAAAACUAAUCAUAGAUUGUUUUCUCUCGAAUAAGCCCAAUCCAAUUCAAUCAUCUUCUUCUUCUUCAAUUCCAGUACCAGUGCUUCUACUCAUCUUACUGAAACUCUGCAAAAUUUCUGGAAAAUCACCAAGUUGCAGAUUUACAGAUCGAUCAAUCCACAAAAACAAAAAAAAAAUGAUAAAAAAUAGACUUCAAUGGCUAAACACAAUGGUUACAGAACCAUAUUAUUUCUUCCAUUUCCUAAUAUUUUUCUCUUACAUUUCUCUUCGUAUUUCUACUUCUUCUUUAUUCUCUCCUCAAAUCUCCUUCCACAUUCUUCGCCGCGAGAUUCAAGCGUUUCUCGCGUUUUUAAUCUUCGCUUCUGUCAAGGUGAUCAGGGAAGAAACAUGGGAGGGUUUUAUGGCUGAUACUUUGCUUUUCGGGAAGGCGUUUAUUUUUCUGCUUGCUCUAUAUGUCGAUUACCGUUUGGCUUUAUGGUACAUGCUGGCGUUUCUCGUGCUAUAUAUACUGGCACAGCAACCUGCAUUUCCAGAACUAGGUGCAGUGAGCACUAUAACACCACUACAGUUGGAAACUACGCUGGUUGAAGGGGACACGUCAAGAUUUUGGCUGGUUGAAUUUCGUACUCUAUGUUCAUCAACUUGUGUGCGGAACAGUCGGAAUUUUCCUGAACUCUCUGUCACAUAUGCAAAUAAAAACUUGUCCUUUGGUACAGUUGAUCUUGGGCUUUUCCCUAAUGUUGCUGAAAAAUUUGGAAUCUCUCUUACAGGAAAUGUGGGAGUUCCAGCAUACAUACUAUUUGAGAACAACGCAGAGGUAGCUCGAUUCCCAGGAUUGGGUUUCGAAGCAAGAGUUUCUCAUCCUCCUAUAACCAAGGAUUUCUUGUCUCGGCAUUUCGAGCUUGAUCGGUUUCUACUUGAAUAUGUAAAUGGCAAAUAGCCAAAUUAGCAGCUGUGAGUUGUACCCCUGAUGUUGUAUACCAAAGGUUUCUCAGAGUAUUUUACGCCACAAGAUGUAAUUAUAAGUUAGACUUCAAUAUACUGCUGGAAAUUUCCUGCCCAAAUUUUGUAUUUGUUUCAAAAAUGUAUAAAUAUAUUACCAGAGCUUUUGUAAUGAUUUAUUAUGCCAACGUUGCUUUAGGUAAA